GUUUGCUACUGAAGACAAGAUCUCUCCCGAUCGGGACAGGAAGACACCAUCAGCAGCGGUGAAGAGAGAGGUGUCGGCAGGAGGGGUGGACGCGAAUACGUCCACCGGCAUGGAAAACCCAAGGGAUGCCCGAGAGACCAAGCGGCACGACGUCGUGGCUAGGAAUAUGCGCGAGUCCCGGCAGGCGCAUUAUGACGAUUACGAAGACGAUUACGAAGAUGAUUACGAAGAAGAUUACGAAGACGAUUACGAAGAAUGGAGACGACAGCAGCCUGUUAUGCGACCAAAGGAAGAGGAAGAAAGCAGCGAUGACGACCACGUGAUGAGGCGGCGGCCCGGUAUGCGACCAAAGGAAGAGGAAGAAGGCAGCGAUGACGACCACGUGAUGAGGCGGCGGCCCGGUAUGCGACCAAAGGAAGAGGAAGAAGGCAGCGAUGACGACCACGUGAUGAGGCGGCGGCCCGGUAUGCGACCAAAGGAAGAGGAAGAAGGCAGCGAUGACGACCACGUGAUGAGGCGGCGGCCCGGUAUGCGACCAAAGAAAGAGGAAGAAGGCAGCGAUGACGACCACGUGAUGAGGCGGCGGCCCGGUAUGCGACCAAAGAAAGAGGAAGAAGGCAGCGAUGACGACCACGUGAUGAGGCGGCGGCCCGGUAUGCGACCAAAGGAAGAGGAAGAAGGCAGCGAUGACGACCACGUGAUGAGGCGGCGGCCCGGUAUGGGACCAAAGAAAGAGGAAGAAGGCAGCGAUGACGACCACGUGAUGAGGCGGCGGCCCGGUAUGGGACCAAAGAAAGAGGAAGAAGGCAGCGAUGACGACCACGUGAUGAGGCGGCGGCCCGGUAUGGGACCAAAGAAAGAGGAAGAAGGCAGCGAUGACGACCACGUGAUGAGGCGGCGGCCCGGUAUGCGACCAAAGAAAGAGGAAGAAGGCAGCGAUGACGACCACGUGAUGAGGCGGCGGCCCGGUAUGGGACCAAAGGAAGAGGAAGAAGGCAGCGAUGACGACCACGUGAUGAGGCGGCGGCCCGGUAUGGGACCAAAGAAAGAGGAAGAAGGCAGCGAUGACGACCACGUGAUGAGGCGGCGGCCCGGUAUGGGACCAAAGAAAGAGGAAGAAGGCAGCGAUGACGACCACGUGAUGAGGCGGCGGCCCGGUAUGGGACCAAAGAAAGAGGAAGAAGGCAGCGAUGAUGACCACGUGAUGAGGCGGCGGCCCGGUAUGGGACCAAAGGAAGAGGAAGAAGGCAGCGAUGACGACCACGUGAUGAGGCGGCGGCCCGGUAUGGGACCAAAGAAAGAGGAAGAAGGCAGCGAUGACGACCACGUGAUGAGGCGGCGGCCCGGUAUGGGACCAAAGAAAGAGGAAGAAGGCAGCGAUGACGACCACGUGAUGAGGCGGCGGCCCGGUAUGGGACCAAAGAAAGAGGAAGAAGGCAGCGAUGACGACCACGUGAUGAGGCGGCGGCCCGGUAUGCGACCAAAGAAAGAGGAAGAAGGCAGCGAUGACGACCACGUGAUGAGGCGGCGGCCCGGUAUGGGACCAAAGAAAGAGGAAGAAGGCAGCGAUGACGACCACGUGAUGAGGCGGCGGCCCGGUAUGGGACCAAAGAAAGAGGAAGAAGGCAGCGAUGACGACCACGUGAUGAGGCGGCGGCCCGGUAUGGGACCAAAGGAAGAGGAAGAAGGCAGCGAUGACGACCACGUGAUGAGGCGGCGGCCCGGUAUGCGACGAGAAUAAGAGGAGGAUGAAUACAGCAACGAGUACGAGGCGAUGCGACGGCAACUGCGGCGACAGCCCUGGUUGCUCGAGCGGCUGGCGCGGCUGAUGCAGUCGCGGAGACUGCGGUUCUGGCUGGGGCUGACAGCCUGCCACGACUAGGGCUGCCAGUCCGCUGAGGACACCAGGCUGUCCUGAGAGCCCCUAGUCCGUGGACCCACAGGGCGCAAUGAUGGCUUCCACCAGCUACCGCGGCCAAUGAAGGCAGGGCCGGAUUUAGGGGAGGGCAACCGGGGUGAAAACCCCGGGGCCUCCACAAACGGAGGGCCCCCACAAUAGAGAUUUCGGAAAAAAAAUCUUUCAAAUUUCGACAAGUAAACACUAGUAAACAUAU